AUGGAAACUAUCGAAAGACGCAAGUAUGAUUUUAAUUUCAUACCUGAGACACCAGAAGAUAUUCGUGUUGUUGUCGGGAUAGAUUUUGGUACUACGUUUUCGAGUUAUGCAUGUGCUAGCGUCCGUUCUUGUGAGGUUAUAACUAAUCAGAAAUGGCCAGGGGUGAUGAAUGGCUCGUUUAAAACUAACACAGUAUUGCAAUAUGAUGAAGAUUUUAAAGUUAUUGAGUGGGGCGCUCGAGCUUUAGUUGGCGAAACUCGACAACGUAGAAAUAGAGAAAAUAAAUUACCAAAGCCUAUAGAACUUUUUAAAUUGCAUUUAGGAAAUGUUCCUGAUUAUCAAAAGCCAAAAUUACCACAAGGUCUUUCUCCUGAAAAAGCUAUUACCGACUAUCUUCGUAUGAUGG